CACAAUUUUAUAUUACACAAUCAGAAAUAAAGAUUUCAGAUGAAAAACAUGUGACCUUAUAUUUAAUCAGUUUAUAAGAACAACUUGGGAAGAGCAAUAUGCAAAGACAGCAUAACCCACGCCCUCAAUCAAGCUACUCUGCUCUGCUUCUUUCGUUUUCUCUGUGUUUUUUGGUUUCUUUUCCUCACGCAAACGCCUAGUACAAGUCAAUCAUCCAUUAAGUACUGCAAAUAUUAUGUCAUUUCGGAAAUAUGCAUCAGCAUCCUAAGAAAGAAUUGACACAAUUAGAGUAAAAAAAGACUAACAUCAAACAUUGACUUGGUGCAGCUGCCCUAUUUAUGUCAACGAUGAUUAAAGUUCUACUCCAAACAAGAGCAAUUGUCUACCUUUCUUUCCUCGUUGCUAAUGGGGAACACUAGACUUACAAGGUUGCUCUUGCAGCAAAUAAGCAGAAAAACAUGGCAUGCUGUCGCUAAAAGUACAAGAACAGGGGCUCUUCAUGGAAGGCUCUACUCAAGUAAUUCAAUGAAAGGGGUUUUGAAGCCCGAGUUUCCAGAAGAGAGCAGCUCUGCAGUCUGCAUUUACAAGGUCCCAGAUAUUAUGCGACUGGUGCAAAGAAAGGCUUAUGACCCCAACGUCAUCUCAAUCGGUCCAUACCACCACGGAGUAGCGCGCCUACAAGACAUGGAGAAACUCAAACUGAAUUUUUUUCACCGCCUUUUCGACCCGAUUGGAGAAAAUGGAGUCAAAUUAGAUUUUGUGAAGAAUGCCCUGGGAAAACUGGAGAAAGAAGCUCGGAUUUGCUACUCGGAGGAAAAGGAAAUCCGACUUGGAAAAGACGAAUUUGUGGAGAUGAUGCUCGUUGAUGGCUGCUUUGUUGUUGAGCUUCUUAGAGAGGUGUGGCAGCAUAAAUCCGGACGCCAAAUACCUUUCAUCCAAAGGUGGAUGCUGCCCAAUUUUCGUCGUGAUCUGAUAAUGCUUGAAAACCAACUCCCAUUCUUUGUUCUGUCGGAAUUGCUUCAAAUCACAAGUAAAAGUACUACACCGCCGCUGCCAUGUUUGCAAAAGCUUGCCCUUCACUUCUUCAAUCCCCUGUUGCAGAGAGACUUGGAUACUACUACACCCCUGAAGAGCAUAGCGGCUGAAGGAAUGGAGCCAAGGCACUUUCUCGACCUUUUCCGGUCGACCAUUCUCCCAGUGACGCUGGUGAGACGGAAACAGCCCAACAUGAUCCGUUCAACAACGGAGCUGAAAGAAGCCGGUGUCAAAAUACAGAGAGCAAAACAUUCGCAGCUGCUCGAUGUAACGUACGAGGAAGGGGUGCUGAAGAUCCCUCCUCUGUACAUCGACGAUUACAAAGGUACUCUGUUUCGAAACAUGAUGGCAUUUGAAAAAUGCCAUUGCCAUUGCUACCCAGACGUCACAACCUACAUGUUCUUCUUCGAUGGACUCAUCAACUCAGCCAAGGACGUGGGGCUUCUCCAUUACAAUGAAGUUCUUCACCAUUCUCUUGGUAGCUAUAAAGAGGUUGCCAAACAUGUGAGCACCAUGUGCAAGGAGAUUGAUAGGGUUGUAGACGAGUCAUACUUGUACAUGGUGGCGAAUGACACCAACUCUUACUUCGCUUCCAUUUACGCCAAGAUUCGAGCAGGAUUGGUGCGCCACUACUUCAGCAGCUGGCUGGUGGGCUUCUCAACUGUGGGUGCAAUAUUUGUUCUGUACCUCACCCUUGUUCAGACUGCCUCUGGAAUUGCUGGUGCCCUGGAUGCCCUGCAAAAAGUCAACUUUGGAUCAUAUCUGAAAGACUCCAUGUUACUCCCUUUCUCUGGUAAGCCCUGCUCCAGAAGUGAUUCAACAGCCGGAGGAGAUGAAUCCCUCUAGUGGGUGAUUGAAGGACUUGCUUGUACGUAGUUUAAAAGUCAAUUUGGGAAAUAAAUAUGUUAAAUGUAGGGA